GCAGGCGCAGCCCACACACUGGGACGAGGGUCCUGCUGCGGGGCUUCUGGGAGAGAAAAAUGGCAGCACGUGGGUUGCUGUCAGGCAUGGGCUGCCUCUUUGAGAUGCCCGCAGCGCUGGGGCUUGUGAGCCGACCCUACAGCACGUCCCAGACCUUCGCGGAGGUUCUACGGCUGCCCAAAACGCAACUAACGAAGCUCGUGUUCCCGUUACAGGAACUCCAGCGGCACCUCCUCCCGGAAUCGAGGCCAGUCCUUCACCUGAAGACCUUCGACCCGAGCCUGGAGGACAUCGCGAGGGCGGAGAGUUUCUUCACCGCCACCACCCGGAACCGCAUCGAGUACCUAAGUUCCGCGGAGCACCUUGACCACGCCCCGGACCUCCUCCGCCCUGAGGUGUGUUUUAUAGGCAGAAGCAAUGUUGGAAAAUCCUCUCUAAUAAAGGCUUUAUUUUCAUUGGCUCCAGAGGUUGAAGUCAGAAUCUCCAAAAAACCGGGGCACACAAAGAAAAUGAAUUUUUUCAAAGUUGGAAAACAUUUUACAUUGGUGGACAUGCCAGGUUAUGGCUACAGAGCACCUGAAGAUUUUGUUAACAUGGUAGAAACCUAUCUAAAAGAACGAAAAAAUUUGAUGAGAACAUUUUUGUUAGUGGAUAGUGUUGUUGGAAUUCAAAAAGCAGACAAUAUUGCCAUAGAAAUGUGUGAAGAAUUUGCAUUACCUUAUGUGAUGGUAUUAACGAAAAUUGACAAAUCUUCCAAGGGACAUCUUUUAAAACAAGUGCUUCAGAUCCAGAAAUUUGUUGCCACUAAAACGCAAGGAUGUUUUCCUCAGUUGUUUCCUGUGAGUGCUGUGACCUAUUCUGGAAUCCAUCUGUUGAGAUGCUUUAUAGCAAAUAUAACAGGAAAUCUUAAGACUAAUGGCUAAUGGCGCCUAGUUUAGCUGAAAACUCAAAUUUUUUUUAUGCCAACUUGGGUUAAACACCUAAAAUUCAACAUUGUUUUAAAUGUUGUGCAUCUUUAAUUUGUAGAGGAUCACUUCGGCUUUCAAACCUACAUCUACCAAAGCAAGAAUGAAUUUGGGCCUGGGGGGAAAAGGUUUAAAAAUGAUUUAGUUAAGCCGUUCAUUAGAACAGAUACUAGGAGUUUUUUCUAUUUUAACAAACUGACAAACAAGCAGCAUAUAGAAGCCCAUCAAAUGAAAAUCUACUUACUACUGUGUAGUGAAGGGUUUGCCAUGUUAUUUAUUGGGCUUUGUCUUUUAAAGAAAAUGUCUGUUACGUAUCUUUUUUAAAUAUUAAAAUGGAGUAGAUAAAAAAGGAGCUACUUUUCUGUUAAGCCUGAUAUGUAGGUUAAAGAUAAAGGCUCCUAUGUAUGCCUGUGAUUUAUCUUUUUUUCUGAGUCCUUUUCUGAAUAUUUUUUAAAAAUACAUUCUUGAUAAAAUUUCAGUCAGUCCAUGUUGGAAACAUCAAAAAAAAUUCAGGCUGGGAUCAGUCACCUUCAGGUGAACACAGGAUUCAGAAUCAUAAGCCCAGAAUUCAAGUUACAGUUCUAUUAUUAUUAUUGUGUUGAAUCUUUUUUAUGUGUUGGACCUUAGGCAAAUUACUUGAUUUCUCUGAGUUUCAUUUGUAAUUGUAACCUCACAAUCUUAAGAAUUAAAGUGUUGUUAUAUGUGAAAAGGACAGCUGCAUAUUUGUAAAGUGAAACUAACCCAAGAAUACAGUAAAAUUCACAGGUAGAUUUAUCACAGAAAAAAAUCUUGUCAUGGAGGAAGUAACAUUUUCUCUAGGGGAAGACAAAAAAAAACAAAAAAUCUAGUUUUAAGUGAGAAAACUGAUUUGCAAAGGGUAAGAAAAAGUUGAUGGUACUUAGAAUUGGUACAUUAAGAUUCAGAAUGGAAAGAUAAAGCCUUACUUUGAACUAAAUGGAAAAAUGUUUUUGAAGAUGCUACUGACCUAUUCAUGUUAGUGGUUUAGCUUUUCAAAGUGAGGCUGAAUAUUAAAAUGUUAUAAGCAGUAGCGCUAGAUUAAAACAUUAAGGCUGUAAAACAACUUUGUGGCUUUUUUAGAAAAUUCAAUUCUGAAUAUAUUUUCAGUUGCUUUAUAGUUGAUAGAGCUGGUUUAUCUUAACCAGCAGCAUUUCAAACUAAAAAAGACUUCUUAUAUAGGCAUUCAUAAAGUAAAAUAUAUGGUAACAAUAGAAUUCUUUCUUAAAAGUCAUCUGUCUACCAGUGUUCUUUUACUGUUUGUGUUGGUUCUCCUAGAAACAUAGCCCAACACAAAGGCAUGCAUGUAGUUUAUCUGGGAAGUGAUCCCAGGGAACAGGCGUGAUGCAGAAAUGAGACAGAAGGAAGGAAAGCGAAUCAAGGAUUCAUUGAGUUGGACACCACUUAAGUACUAGUGCUUGAUCUUGAGGGAUCUUCUGAGGAGCCUUAGGAAAUGUGCCUCUGAAUUAUCUUUGAAGGAGGGAGGGGGCAACCCCACACCUCUUCCAAGUUGUACAUGGCCAAGGGCCAAGCAAUCCCUGUAGGUUGUCAGAAGCCAGGAGGCAGGAAGUGAGAGAUCCCUGAACAGGAGAGAAGGUAAAGUUGUUCAGUCUUGCUCCAAAUGGGUUGCAAUGGCAGCAGCUGAAGAAGCCCAACAGGAUUUGAAGUGACACAUGGGAAGUGUCACCACCCUUCUCUUACAAAUGGCCUUGAGUGUUCAAAUGCGACCAGAAGUUAUUAAAUUGGUGUCCACUAUGAUGACACUAUGUACAGUUUUUAAUCUAAUUUACUAGAUAAAUUAUGGUUUUGUAUAUUUUAGAUUGCACUUUUUAAAUUUUAAAACAUUUAAGUUUGGAAAAUUAACUGAUACAUACUACUACAUUUCUUAUAAAUUUUGUGGACACGUGAAGCUUUUUACCAUCUUUCCCAUUAUUGUAAGCGGCACGAGAUGAGAAUACACUCCAAAGGAACAUUAAU